GUGCGGCGUGCGCGCGGCGUGGCCAUGCCGGGCAGGAAGUCUUCCAAGGAGAAGAAGCGGCGCCGUUCGCGUUCCUGCUGCCCGGAGGGAGCCCCGGGACAGGACGGCAGCGACAGGAAGCGUCGGAGCACCGAGUCCAGCCACGGUGCCCUGGAGGAAACAAAAUGCAAUGUACUCUCUGGAGAAAAAGUGGAAGAAGCUGAACAACCCAGUGAUAUAGAAGAAGGAGGAUUAGAUCUCACGGUGUCACUCAAACCUGUCAGUUUCUACAUUGGGGACAAAAAGGAAAUGCUUCAACAGUGUUUCUGUGUCAUAGGGGAGAAGAAACUACAGAAGAUGUUGCCUGAUACUUUAAAGAACUGUUCCAUGGAUGAAAUCAAAAGACUUUGCAUGGAGCAGUUGGAGCUGUUAUCUGAAAAAAAACUGUUGAAGAUACUUGAAGGCAAGAUUGGAGCUGAUUCUGAUACUGACGAGGAGGCAGAUGGAGGAGACAAGACUGGAGGUGAUUCAGUCAGUCAACAAGACAACAGUAUAGACUCAACUUCUUCUCUGAGAGAAGACAGCAAGCUGGAAGGUCAGGAGUCAAAGCAAGGCAAGGGAGAAGAUAGUGAUGUCCUCAGCAUAAAUGCAGAUGCAUAUGAUAGUGACAUAGAAGGCCCAUGCAAUGAAGAGGAUGGUCCAGAUGUGCAAGAGAGCACUGUCAGAAGUGGAGCUGGCCAGAUAGAUGACCUUCAGAAGGACAUUGAGAAGAGUGUGAAUGAGAUUCUGGGGUUGGCAGAGUCCAGCCCAAAGGAGCCCAAAGCAGCAGCCUUAGCUGUUCCUUCAUCAGAAGAUGUUCAGCCAUCAGCACAACAGCUGGAGCUUCUGGAACUCGAGAUGAGGGCCAGAGCUAUUAAGGCUCUGAUGAAAGCUGGUGAUGUAAAGAAACAUCCAUGACACUGUUCAGAUUUCAUUUUCACUAUUUGUUUCGAAAAAGGUGAUGUCUGUUCUCUUCAGUGCUAUGUUUGGGUUGGGUGUGACAUUCCUCGUUCAGACUGUAUUGUGUAUCCUGACCUGUGGUUCAGUGGUUUUGUUGCCUUUAAUGUGCUGCUUCCAUGACAUUCACAAACAGUGGUUGAUGCUUCCCUGAGAUGAGGUGUCCUUGUGCUAGGUCACUUCCUCAGGGAGUCACACCACAUAUGGAGCUGUGCCAGGUAUCUGGUGCCUUCCAGAAAGGUUGUUGUAGAAACAUGGAAUCAUUGAAUGGUAAUGGUAGGAAGAGAUUUGAGACUGCUUAAUUCUUCUUGGGGCCCAUCUCAUCAUAAUGUAGGUACUCUAAUUACAAUGUGAUGCAGACAUCAAAUUUUUUUCUUUAAAGGUAUGAAGUUUACAACUGUACUGUUUGUUAAGUAAAAUAAUGUAUUAUGUAUUUUUGUUCAUGAGUUUUCCUUGGUUGUUACUUAGAAAGCCAGUUACAUGCUUUGCAACAGAAGCAGACAUAAUUUCCCCUAGUAUUGUGUAAUAUUACUGCAAACUUAAGUCUAUUCAGAUAUUAUGUCUUGAAUUCUUUUAAGGUUUAUAAUUUUCUUUAUGUUCUUUCAUUUUAUCCCUUUUCUUCCUUCUCUUUAUUCCCUUUCUUUUUUACCAGUUUCUUUUUAAAUCCCUUUCUGUAGGAAGCUUCUUGUAUAUUUCUUAAGUAUGAUUGAUUUCCUCUACAACCAACAUUAUUGUAAAAUGUUAGUGCAGUGUAAAUAAUUUGAUAAUAAACUAAAACCUUCAUUAAAUACA